GGAGGGGGGAAGAAAGUCUUGCCAGUUGGAUGUUGUUGGGUGAAUUGUGUGGCUAAUUCAGGCUAAGGAUUUAGAGUGGGCUGUUUACAUACAAUGGCAGGCUUUUGGGCAUCGAGAAAUCACUCAAGACCUUAUCUCAAAAUAAGUGUUGCCAUUGUUCUUCUCCUAGUCAUGUUCCAUAUAGCACUAAGACAUAGCAACCAGAAGAGGAUCUAUAAGAGGGAUCUUCUAGCAUCGACAGAAAUCCCAGCGGAGUAUUUUGACCCAGCCUCCAUAGAUCUCACUCCAUUGGUCAACAAAUUAAUUAAUUCAACACAAUUGGGUUCCCGCCAGCUCUUCUCUCUGUUGAGUGUGACCUCCUCACACAGUUCUCUGGCUCUUCACAAGCUCACUCUUCUGGUCUAUAACAUUUCCAAUUUCAGAAAUAUUGCAGUCAACAUGUUUCCACGGAGGUAUUGCUACUGUGUCACCAAUGAGACAAAUGACUUAACAGACUUUACUGCUGUAUUGUUGGAUGUUAUGGGAAAUUCCACAAGCUAUCUACAAGAGCUGUUCAAAUCCAGCUCGAUACUGUCAGUUAGCCAGAAGAACAAUUCCGAUUGCAUAUACAUUUGUGUAAUGGCGGGAAAGUCAGAUAAAGACCUGUCUCAACUCUGGGAAGUUGACUCCAUCACGCCCUUGUUCAAUCAGACCAUUACAGAAAGCUCACAUAACGAAUGGCACCAACAGCAGCCCAAUGGCAGCCAGAUAUCUCCAUCUGGGCUAAAUUCAGUACUAACCAGUAGAGUCCACUCCACUUCACAUGUAUCGUCCACAGCCUCACAAAGGAGAUCUACAGCUCCACCGACUGGAACCAAUAAAACCAGAACCACAUCCCAACUGACCACAAGAACAUCUCCACCAACUACAACCAAUACAAGCAGAGCUACAUCUCCUCCGAUUACAGCCCCAACAACAACUACAGCCCUUCUGACCAAAACAAAAGCACAACCAAUUGUGACCACAGUCCAACCAACCCCAGCUACAGCCCAACUGAUCACAACUACAGACCCUCCAAUAACAGCCCCAAUGACAACUGCAGCCAAACCAACCACAACUACAGCCACACCAACCACAAACUAUACCCCGAACCACCUCAACCACCGGCCUAACAACCACAACAACAAUAGCCCUGCCAACUAUAACUACAGCCCUACCAACCACUACAGCCCAACCAACCACUACAACCCUUCCAACAACUACAGCCCAACCAACCACUACAACACAACCAACCACUACAGCCCAACCAACCACUACAGCCCUACCAACCACUACAACCCUUCCAACCACUACAACCCUUCCAACAACUACAGCCCAACCAACCACUACAACCCAACCAACCACUACAGCCACUACAGCCCAACCAACCACUACAACCCAACCAACCACUACAGCCACUACAGCCCAACCAACCACUACAGCGCAACCAACCACUACAGCCCAACCAACCACUACAGCCCUUCCAACCCCUACAACCACUACAGCCCAACCAACCACUACAGCCCAGCAAACCACUACAGCCCAACCAACCACUACAGCCCUACCAACCACUACAACCACUACAGCCCAACCAACCACUACAGACCUUCCAACCACUACAACCACUACAGCCCAACCAACCACUACAGCCCUAACAACCACUACAACCACUACAGCCCAACCAACCACUACAGCCCUACCAACCACUACAACCACUACAGCCCAACCAACCACUACAGCCCAGCAAACCACUACAGCCCAACCAACCACUACAGCCCUUCCAACCACUACACCCAACCAACCACUACAGCCCAACCAACCACUACAGCCCAACCAACCACUACAGCCCUUCCAACCACUACAGCCCAACCAACCACUACAGCCCAGCAAACCACUACAGCCCAACCAACCACUACAGCCCUAACAACCACUGCAGCCCAACCAACCACUACAACCCUACCAACCACAGCUACAGCCCUUUCAACCACUACAGCCCUAACAACCACUGCAGCCCAACCAAUCACUACAACCCUACCAACCACAGGUACAGCCCUUUCAACCACAGCCCAACCGACAACUACAUCAUUAUCAAUCCUUACUACAGCCCAACCAGUGAUGAAUAUAACCCAACUAGGCACAACCACAGCCCAACCAGUCAUGACCUCAGCUCUGUUAACUUCAACUAAAGCAAUUACAGUAACAGUGCGACCAACCACAACAGUUGCCCAAAUGACCACAACCACACCAGAACUGACCACAGCAUCACUGAGACCCACAGCCCAUUGGACCACAACUGUGGCUAUGCUCACCUCAACCAAAUCCCUGCCAACCACAACAAGAGUCAGACUGACCACAACUCACCAGACCACAGUCCCAUCAACCAUAACUUCAAUUCUGACAACCACAGUUCCACCAACUAAAACGCAACCUAUUACAACCACACAACAAUGGCAAACAGCCCAAUCUACUAUAACCAAAACAGAAUCAACUACAACCACAGGCCUACAGAUCUCUAUGAAUACGACCAUAACGUCAAACAAUGGGAUCAACAAAGUGACCAUUACAGAGAAACCAGGCUGCCCAUGGACACCUGGCUUGACUCAAAGGGAUGAGUGGAGUGACAACUCCAUCACCAGCAGCACCACAACCACUGUGAGUGCCCAGAAGCUACAGCCCUGCGUGCUUGAGCUCUGCAAGUUCUUCUCCCAGUGCCUCUGCCGCUCCUACAGCCACAAAACUCAAAUGAAGAGGUAUUGUGCUGAUAGUCAUGUGUGGUAUGAGAAGCACACCUUCGAGGUUUGUAGACGUGUCAGAAGAGUCUCCUUCUCCAAAAAUUUAAAACAGAGGUGCCUUGCAAGAAUGUGCAACAAACUGUGACCAGAGUGGGAGACAAAGAAAACAGUAAAGAACCAUUAAACCAUGCACAAUGUUUUUUUUUCUUUAGAAUUCAAUAAAUUGUUUUUCCCUUUUAAAUCAUA